ACCGGCGGCGGCGGCGGUGGCGGCGGCAUGGCCGUGUGGACCCGGGCUUGUAAAACGGGGCUGCUGGAGCUGCUCCUCCGGGAACGCUGGGUCCGCGUGUCGGCGGAACUGACCGGGGAGACCCUGAGCUUAACGGCGGAACCGGGGGCCGGGGAUGCGUCGGUGGUGAACGGCGUGGUGAACGGCAACGCGGAGGCGGCGGCGGCGGCGGCAGCAGCGGCACCCGGUUGCGUGAGGAGGGUGCGGGUGGUGAAAGCGGAGGCGGGAGGGCUCGGGAUCAGCAUUAAGGGAGGUCGGGAGAAUCGGAUGCCGGUGCUGAUCUCACGGAUCUUCCCGGGAUUGGCGGCGGAGAGGAGCGGAGCGCUCCGGUUAGGCGACGCCAUCCUCGCCGUGAACGGCGUCGAUCUCCGCGAUGCCACCCACGAUCAAGCCGUGCAGGCGCUGAAGAGAGCCGGCAGAGAGGUCAUCCUCGAAGUGAAGUUCAUGCGGGAGGUGACCCCCUACAUCAAGAAGCCAUCGCUCGUGUCGGACCUGCCAUGGGAGGGGGUGGCCCCACAGUCCCCCAGCCUGAGUGGCAGUGAGGACUCGGGAUCCCCCCAGCACCAGGGGCCCCGUGACCGCAAGGUGAUUCCCCUCAAGAUGUGCUUUGCUGCCCGGAACCUCAGCAUGCCUGACCUGGAGAACAGACUGAUCGAGCUGCACUCACCGGACAGCCGGAACACACUGGUGCUGCGGUGCCGGGACACGGCCACGGCCCACGCCUGGUUCAGCGCCCUGCACGCCAACAUCACUGCGCUGCUGCCACAGGUCCUGGCCGAGCUCAAUGCCACGCUGCGCUCUGGCAGCCCCACGGCCGGCAGGCAGGAGGUGAAGCACAUUGCCUGGCUGGCUGAGCAGGCGCGGCUGGACGGCGGGCGGCAGCAGUGGCGGCCGGUGCUCAUGGCAGUGACAGAGAAGGACCUGCUGCUAUACGACGGGAUGCCCUGGACCAGGGAUGCCUGGGCCUCCCCCUGCCACAGCUACCCACUGGUGGCCACCAGGCUGGUCCACUCAGGCUCCGGGCGCCGCUCACCUGCGCUGGGCUCGGAGCUGACCUUUGCCACGCGGACGGGGUCGCGCCAGGGCGUGGAGAUGCACGUGUUCCGCGUGGAGACACACCGGGACCUCUCAGCCUGGACACGUGUCCUGGUGCAGGGCUGCCACGCUGCUGCUGAGCUCAUCAAGGAGGUGACUGUGGGCUGCACGCUGGGCGGGCAGGAGGUCCAGCUCUCCAUCCACUACGAGGGUGGAUUCACCAUCUCCCGGGAGGAGCCGGGUGCCAGCGUCCUCUUCCGCUACCCCUACGAGCGGCUGAAGAUGUCGGCGGACGAUGGCAUCAGGACUCUCUACUUGGAUUUCGGAGGCCCUGAGGGGGAGCUGGCACUGGACCUGCACUCCUGCCCCAAACCCAUCGUCUUCGUCCUGCACACCUUCCUCUCAGCCAAAGUCACCCGCAUGGGGCUGCUGGCGUAGGUGCCCCAGGUCCCCCACGCUGUCAGGAACGAGCCGGGGGUCACAGAGGGACCCCCAACCUCUCCUGCCCUACCAGUGCCUUGCUGGGGCUGGGAUCCCUGCCCUGAGAGCCUCCAGGACUGCAGCAGGAUGGCUGCCCAGGUGGGGAAUGAGCCCCUCCUGCUCACACCAGCACCCCCAGACUCUCCAGUGCCCCAGGGGGCUGUUGGAGUACAGACACCAGCUUUGAUCCCUCCGGGGCUGAAGCCAUUGCUGAUUUCACCGCCUGUGCCUUGGAGUGAGGCCAGCCUGGCCUCCAUGCCUGGGGGACCCCUGGUGCUCCC